CGGGGAAUAGGAGGUCCGAGCCACGCGUAUUGAUCGGGUUUUGCCGUUUGGGCUCGUUCUCCUUUUCCUCCCCUCCCGCAGUCCCGCUCGGUGGAGGAGCAGCCGCCGGCGCCAUCCACCAGACGGCAGAUGCCGCCCAUCUCCUUCCUGCUCGAGCACGCCGCCCUCUCCCACCACUCCCCCGGGAUCAAGUUGACCAGACGCCGUCGCCGCCUCCCCGAGCAGUUGCCUGGACGUCCUCUGUCAAUGUCGUGCCCUAGCCACAAGGUGGACAAAUUGGUGGCGGAAGACGACCUGGUUCCUUCUUUGAUCAAGAAAGUGGAGUCAUUGAGCGAAUCCUGCAUGGCGGCCCAAAAGGAGCUGCGGGAUGUUCGGGUUCAACUCAAAGAUGCCAAGCUUCGUGCUCGAAGGACAAAGCGCAAGUUGAAACUGUGCAAGGAGAAAGUGUCUUCCAGCAAGAAGAAGGUUGCUAAGCUGCAGGCGGAGUGCUCUGCCAGGGAUAAAUCUUUGGAUGCACUUGGUGAGUCGAUCGAGAGAACGGCGCACAUCCUUGGGACUCUUAGGGCAUAUCUAGAAGAUCCCCUAUUCUAAAACUGCCAAAUCUUCUCUGGGCAUAGGUUGAUUGGCUAGAAGGGUUGAAGUACGUGACAACAAUUGUUUUUUGCUCGUACAUGAACUCAGUUGCUUUUACAACUUCGUCAGUGAAGGUUGUUCGAUGUUUGCCCUCCAUUUCCUUACACAAGGCCACAAACUUAAAUUACAGGUACCAAGAUAAGAUUUAA